ACUCACACGUGAUAUCGUCGUGCGGGAGUGCGCGCCUCGUUUUAGACGCGCGGCGACAUUAGACUUCCUGUUGGUCGCCUGCCGCCCAGCGGAGCGAAGCGGAUCGGGGCGAUCAUCACGCGCGCACCGCUGGAAAAACGUCCCGAGAUGCGGCUCUCCUCGAGAGAGGAUUUAAGAUAAUUUGACCGACGGUGACUUGUCGAGGACGCGAUAUGGCGGUCGACAUAUUGGACAAGGAUCAUUACGCCGUGAGCGCGAUCGUGACCAUCGGUAUGCAGCUCAUUUUCUUCACGAUCGCGGCCACCUUCCAGUUGGAUAAACUGACAGACUUUGCCGGCGGCACCAACUUUAUCAUCCUCGCCCUCCUCACUUUCUUUCUCGGUCAAACGGGCAAGACAUAUGACAGCCGGCAAGUUAUGGUAACUGUAUUUGUGUGCCUGUGGGGUGUACGGCUUUCCGGAUACCUCUUGUAUAGAAUAAUCAAGAUUGGUCGUGACAAAAGAUUCGAUGACCGUCGUAGCAACAUAAUUCGUUUCGGCGUGUUCUGGACAUUUCAGGCUGUGUGGGUGUACAUUGUCAGUCUGCCUGUGAUAAUAAUCAAUUCUCCACGUCACAAAAUACCGCCCGCUCCGAAGACGAUGACGACACUUGACAGCGCCGGUACGGGUCUCUUUUUGAUCGGUUUACUGGCCGAAACCUACGCCGAUCUGCAAAAAUUCGCCUUCAAACAGGAUCCAGUGAAUGAUGGCAAAUGGUGUAACGACGGACUUUGGAGGCUCUCACGACACCCAAAUUAUUUCGGCGAAAUCGUUGUCUGGUGGGGAAUCUUCAUAAUAUCUUUAAACGUUAUUGAAGGACCGGAGUGGGUAGCUAUCGCUUCGCCGAUCUUCACAACGAUUAUUAUUUUAUUUCUAUCGGGGAUGCCAUUAUUGGAACAAGCAUCAGAUGAGCGUUACCGAGAUAAUGCGGAAUAUCGCUACUACAAGCAAUCAACAUCGCCGCUGAUACCGAUACCACCGGCUAUCUACGUCGAAGUGCCACGUUUCCUCAAGUGUAUCUUAUGUUGCGAAUUCCCCCUGUACGACUCUUUGGAUGUGAGACCGCGAUCGGCUGUCACCGAGUCAACGUCCAUCAGCCUCGCCGCGUCCACGUAGCUGUAGCCACACGCCGGACGUUCAACUUCCGAGUCCGGCGUGCAAUUGACGGCUACGACAGCUACGACUAGCACAGCCUUCUAAGUAUUACUUCACCUCUCGGUGGUCCCCGUCUGUCCGGGAAAUCCUAUCUCGAUGAUCGAAUCAUAUAAUUCUCAAUAUAGUAUCCUCUUGAAUCGAUAUUGGUACAAGAGACGUAUUUCGUAUGCAAAUGUGCUUAAUCAAGCACAACAAAUUUGAUAUGCGGGCAAUAGGUUUCAAAUAGAUUACUCUACAAGAUGGAAAGGCUUAAGAUAAAGUAUUAUUAUUUUUGUAACUAAAAGUCCUUUUUGGCGAGAAGCGUAAAUGGUACCGGCGAUUUUUUGUAUAGGAUCGAACAGAAUGCGAGAAAAAGAAAUAAUUAUUUUUGUAGCGAUGUUAUAAUGGGUACCAAAUGUAAAAAAAGAACAGUUUGUUGACCAAUCUGCAAGGAUCGUUCCUAUACAAGUCAUCAAUAGUGAUUUCAUUAGCAGUUUGAUAGCGAUUUCAUUUCAUUGCACAUAUUUAAUCUCUUAUUUUAAAUACAAAAUUGACUUGAAAAUCAAUAUAUGAUAAUUUGUAUAUCAAAGUAAUAUCUAGAUCUUAAAAGAGCCAUAUAAAAAGUGUAUCUUGAAUUGUAUAAAUGAAUAAUAUUAUAUUGUUCUAAAGGUGUAGUUCUUGCCAAAGUAAAUUAGGCUGUCGUUAUCAAUAUUUGUCGUUAACGAAAAAUAUGUGUCUUAAAUAUUAUAGAAACAAAAUUCGAAGAGAUUCGAAUGUAACAUGUAUUGGAUAAAACGACGUAGUAUAUUUCUAAAACUAAUAAUAAUGUCUGAAAUUAAUUUGUAGUGCGAUCGAAGAAAGUUUGAUACUGUAUGCUGUUUGUUAAAGACAAAAUAAUUGCCAGAAACAGAGAAUGAAAGAAAAAGAAUUAUAUGUAUAUAGUACCUUAAUUCUUGCAAUUAGUUACAAGAAAUAAGCAAUAUUUAUCGCCAAAGACACAUCAACGAUGAAAUGUAAUCAAAUUAUCAGUUAUGUCAUAAUCGCUAUCCAUUCCAUUUUUUAGUUCAUCAUAGGAUGCUUGCGAAGAGAAAUGUUAGACGCAAUACAAGUGUGAUGCAUUUAUGUGUACGAUUCUUGUCCCGUGGUUUUCAAUCGAAUUAUUGAAUUGUAGCAAUAUUAAACAUAUCUCUGUGCGAAAUAGAAUGUCCCUAAAAUAUGAGAUAUCUGAAAAAAGAUUAUAAAAGAAAUCUAUAAAAUAUAAAUAGAAGUAGUGAAAAUUGAUGCGAAUGGAACGCGGAUCCCUUACGGAUAAAUGAUUCAAAUGUUAUUUCUCUCUAUUUCACUGUUAUGUAAAAAUCUUCAAAGUUUAGAUAAUAAAUAAUGAUUAAUUCUCCUGA